AUGUUGAGUGCGAGGGCAUGUAUUUGUGCUUUUGCAUCAUUAUCCGAAGUCUGGAACCUUCACACAAAACACUCGCUUCCAGUCACUGUCCCAGAUUUGGUAGCAGAAGCUGAGCGAUACAUAUACGACAUCGCACAAGAAGAAACUACCGAUGGACUUCAAGCCACCCUGAUGUUGCUGAUGAUCCAUUGUUCAUUCGGACACUUCCGACCUGCACUUUAUCUGGAUUCACUCAUAGCUCGACUAAUAUUCAGGCUCGGUGCACAUAUAAAUCAUCAUCCACUUAGCCAUCUGCGAAACCUAUUCUGGACUGCGUAUGUACUGGAUAAGGAGUUGUCUAUCCGCACGGGCCAACCCCCUGCCAUUCGUGACGAAGACUGUGACCUUACCCUUCCGCCUGGCUAUGAAGAGCAAAUGUAUACACUACUGUCAUCUUCCGACGCCAAGAACACGACAAUUGAGGGCCCGCUAUUCCCGAGCGACCUUCGGUUGCUUAAGAUCAAAUCUCGGGUAUACAACACUUUCUACCAACCAGGGUCCCUUGGCAAAUCUCAGACAGAGAUUUUGAUUUCUAUUCGUGAGCUUGACAACGAUCUCGAGAAAUGGAGAUUGUCACUCCCGCCAAACCACCGACCCACCCUUUUGAUCUCCCAGCAGCUAUCAACUGACAGUCCUAUCGUAGACAUGCAUCUUGUCAUCGUACGGAUGGAUUAUCAUCACUGCAUGUCUAUCAUUCACCAGGCUAGCGGUCGAUGCAAAGCAACCGGAAAUAAUAGCAAUACACCCGAAGGAGUUAGAUCAAGUUUCGCACUUGCAGUAGAAACAAGCAGAUCAUCCCUCCUCUCGUUGCAGGGCUCGCUACAUUUGUUGCCAAACGGUACAUUCUGGCUCUAUAUUUUCUAUCCGAUAUCAGCUUGUUUGACUAUCUUUUCCAGCAUCGUUCUUGAACCUCUAAGCGCCUAUGCUCGCCAGGAUUUGGAACUUCUCUGCCUGGCUGUUUCUCUAAUCAAAAAACUACCCCGCCAGGUUCGAACUCAAAAUUUCCAUGUAACCCGCCUCCAGGGACUUAUCACCGAAUUAACCGGGCUAGCCGAACUUGCAAUCACUAAGGCAGAGCAUCAGCAGGAUUCUCCAUUUUUUAUGGCUCGGAGACUUGAUAUUUAA